AUGUUGUAUAGAUCAUAUAUCCGAGCGGAUGAGUUGACUGUGCUCGACUACAAGGAAACGAAGCUCUUCUAUCUUCAAUAUAUGCCACAAGCCCUUCUAACUAGGGAAGGCAGAUUUGUCGCUGCAGUACAUCACGGAUUGGUUAAGAGACGUCGAAAUGGAAUCCGAUCGUUUGGUGGAGGAAAUCGUGCAAUAGUUACAGAUUUAUGCAUCACACCACUUCACGCCACUCACCGGAAAUCAUUUGCUAAAGAGCAGUUGAGGAACAUAAAAAUUUGGCCCCUAAUGGUGGCCGAGAUGGCUCAAGACAUUGUGAAAUCAAUAAAGCAUCGCAUUUUAUUUAUAGAAAACGUGAUUCGCUUUGGCGGUGUUACAACUAUUGUAAAGGAAUUCAUAAAAGAAAACAAGAGUGGAUCGAUGGACGACUAA